GACCGGUUCUGUUUCAUUUCCCAACUCUCCACCAACCCCACCCACCUCUUCCACAAUGGCGCAAGUCCAACUCGGUAUCAACGGCUUUGGCCGCAUCGGUCGCCUCGUCUGCCGCGCCGCCUUUGCCAACCCCAACGCGACGGUCGUCGCCAUCAACGACCCGUUCAUGGACCUCGAGUACAUGGCCUACCUCUUCAAGUACGACUCGACGCACGGCGGCUACAAGGGCACGGUCGUCGUCGAGGGCAACAACCUCGUCAUUGACGGCCAUGUCGUCCGCGUCUUUGCGGAGCGCAACCCGGCGCAGAUCCCGUGGGGCGAGGCCGGCGCCGACUAUGUCUGUGAGUCGACCGGCGUGUUCACGACGACCGAAGCUGCUGGCCAGCACAUUGGCGGCGGCUGCAAGAAGGUGGUCAUCUCGGCGCCCCCGAAGGACGGCACGCCCAUGUACGUCAUGGGUGUCAACCACGACAAGUACGACGGCUCGGCGCACGUCGUGUCGAACGCCUCGUGCACGACCAACUGCCUCGCGCCGCUCGCCAAGGUCAUCCACGACAACUUUGGCAUCGUUGAAGGCUUGAUGACGACGGUGCACGCCGUGACGGCCAACCAGCUCACGGUCGACGGUCCGUCGCGCGGCGGCAAGGACUGGCGCGCUGGUCGCGGCGCCGGUGCCAACGUGAUCCCGGCGUCGACGGGCGCGGCCAAGGCCGUCGGCAAGGUGCUGCCGGAACUCAACGGCAAGCUCACGGGCAUGGCGUUCCGCGUGCCGGUGCCCGACGUCUCGGUCGUCGAUCUCACGGUGCGUCUCGAACGCGGCGCGUCCCUGGCGGCCAUCAAGGCGGCCGUCAAGGAAGCGUCCGAAGGCUCCAUGGCCGGCAUCCUCGGCUACACGGAGGACGAAGUCGUGUCGCAGGACUUUGUCUCGGACAAGCGCUCGUCCAUCUUUGACGCCAACGCGUGCAUCGCGCUCAACGACAACUUUGUCAAGCUCGUGUCGUGGUACGACAACGAGUGGGGCUACUCGAACCGCCUCGUCGACCUCGUCUUGCACAUGGCCAGUGUCGACCAGCAGUAAGAAGCCACACGCCUUCGCAGCCGCGUACGAUCGCAGUACGGUCUCGGCGCGCACACCCAUCGACCACCAGUCUCCCAUCCCACUACCGCCAUAUCUAUUGACCGCGGGCGGAAGCGCACGCUCGCACUCUCUUUAUUAUUCUUCUUUAAAUAUACAACAACUCGUUUUGGCACCGAACUACGUGAUGUCGUCAGGGAGUUGCCACGUCAUUGCUCGUAUGUUA